AUGCAGAAUCUUGGCUUAAUUGAGGAGUCAAAAAUCUCACGAACUCUCCCUUGGAGACAGCCAACAAAUAUUUAUCGUGUUAAAGAAGAUGUCCGCCCUAUUUUUUGGGCAAAUCGUCCAAAGAGUUAUAUAUCAAGGACCAUUGGCUGGGAACAGUACCCUCAUGGAAGGUGGGGUGAUUCCCAAAAUGCAUCAUAUGGAGCACUUUCUGACUAUCAAUUCAUGAGGCCACGAUCACGUAGUAAGAAACUUAAUGAGGAAUGGGCUGUCCCUCUUAAAGAUCUUCAUGAUAUAUAUGAGAAAUUCAAGCAGUAUUGCCUUGGGAAGUUGAGAAGUUGUCCUUGGUCUGAGUUAGACCUUCAACCUGAGACAAAGAUCAUCAAUGAGCAGCUUGGCAACAUCAACCUAAAAGGUUUUCUGACCAUAAAUAGCCAACCAGCAGUUAACGGAGCCAAAUCUGAUUCUCCAUCUGUUGGAUGGGGUGGACCUGGUGGAUAUGUUUAUCAGAAGGCUUAUUUGGAGUUUUUCUGCUCCAAAGAGAAAUUAAAUGUUCUCAUUGAAAAAUGCAAAGCUUAUCCAAUGCUCACUUACAUGGCCGUGGAUAAAACAGGAAGUUGGAUUUCCAAUGUCAACAAGACUGAUGUGAACGCUGUCACAUGGGGAGUGUUCCCAGCUAAGGAGAUCAUACAACCUACCGUGGUGGAUCCUGCUAGCUUUAUGGUGUGGAAGGACGAGGCUUUUGAAAUUUGGUCUAGGAACUGGGCCCAAUUAUACCCUGAAGCUGACAUAUCAAGAAAAUUGCUUGAAGAGGUACAAAGCACUUUCUAUUUGGUCAGCUUGGUUGAUAAUGACUAUAUCAAUGGUGACCUGUUUGCUGUUUUCAAAGAGAUUUGA